UAGCGAGGACGUUUCAGAGAAAGAAAAUGAUGGCGCAUUUUGGUUAUCUUAAUAUUCCAUCAUCAUCUUUAUCUCUAUCUGCAUCUCUCACUUCCCCAACUCGUUCGCUUCCCAAAACGGUGUCGUGUCAUCUCUCUUCAUUUCCACCAUCGUCACAACACAUUUCCAACCAUAACAUUCUCUCCAAACCUUUUCAUUUUGCUCUCUCUGGAGCCCUCUCACUUGGCUUAUUGUUUGGAGGAAUUGGGGUGGCUGAGGCUGCUAAAGUUGGUGUGAACAAGCCUGAAUUGCUCCCUAAGCAGUUUAGUACUGUCAUUGAUGUUGCUGGCUUCCUCUCCGAUGGACAGGAGAGAAGACUAGCACAAGAGAUUGCUGAUCUUGAAACGGAUACUGGAUUCAAGUUAAGAGUUUUGGCCCAGAACUAUCCAGAUACGCCAGGUUUGGCUAUUAAGGAUUUCUGGCAAGUAGAUGACAGAACAGUUGUCUUUGUAGCUGAUCCCACAUUUGGGAAUAUAUUGAAUUUCAACGUGGGUGCUUCAGUUGAUUUGGACAUCCCACGUAGUUUCUGGAGUCGUUUGGCAGGGAAGUAUGGGAACAUUUUCUAUUGGAAAGAAAAGGGCGAAGAUGCAUCCAUUGAAGCAGCAGUUAUGGCAAUUUCUAGUUGCUUGAGAGAACCCGUUGGGCCUAAUAAUUGUUCUGAGGUGAAAUAAUUUGGUUGAUUAGUAUUGUUUUGUCACGUAAUAGGUGUAUAGAAAUAAACUCGAGUAUUGAGGAUAAUAUAUUACAUGGUUCAAUUAUAUUAUGUUUAGUGUAAGGAUCUUAUGUACUUCAUUCAUUGUUAAUACUUAAUACAUAUGAAGUAAUGCAAUGUAUUUUAGUUGCAUCAACAUGAGAUAUACGAGAUUGUACACCAUUGUGAUUUAUUACUAAGAAAUGUU